CCUCGUCUUCAACACACCUAUUCCAUUCCAAAUCAGACAAAAUGGCGAACAACUUCGAGGAAAUCGCAAAGCAGUUCAUCGAGUUCUACUACAACCAGUUCGACUCGGACCGCAAGGGACUUGCCAGCCUCUACCGGGAGCAGUCUAUGCUGACUUUCGAGUCUGCUUCUUCCCUUGGCGUCAACUCCAUCGUUGAGAAGCUCACCUCCCUUCCCUUCGAGAAGGUCAAGCACCAGGUCACCACCCUCGACUCCCAGCCCACCACCGAUGGCGGCAUUAUCAUCCUCGUCACUGGCCAGCUUCUGCGCCCCAUGAACUACACUCAGGCUUUCCAGCUUCUGCGUGAUCCCGCCUCUGGCAGCUACUUCGUCUUCAACGACAUUUUCAAGCUUGUCUACGGUGCAUAAAUUCUCCACGGACUUUAGGAAAAUACGAUUUGAUGAGGCCCAAUAUCUGAUUUCGAGGGACCGGGUAUGGCCGAGGGCAGGAUAAAAGAAUCUCUGUCUCCUCCGAUUUCUCAUUCCCAUUAAUCUGCGCCGGGUUGAGGCGAGCACGUUGGCAAGGAUACCAUUUCACGUUUCCAGGAAUCCCAAGACGGCUCUGUUCAUACAUGGCUCUUUAGAGAACUGGGAAAAUACCCCUAUUAUUAUCACAUGAACUCAAAAACCUAUGACGCCCCUUGACAUCUUUGUAUGACUUUGUGGC